GCUAUUAAAGAUGAUGAUGAUUCUAAUAUCUUCUCAUUUUUUGUUUUCAAAUUCUUCAGAUAAGUUGUUGAUUUAUGUUCAUUAGUAUUUAACACGAGUUUUUAAAGUUCUUCCUUGAAUGGUUCUAAAUGUCGCUUAUCGAUUUCGUCGCAGGAUGUUGGGGAGGUGCCUGUGGUGUACUAGUUGGACAUCCUUUAGAUACAAUUAAGGUUAGAUUACAAACUAAUCCGGAAAAUGUUAGUUUAUCAACAUUACUAUUCAACAAGAAUCAGAGACUUGGUGGACUUUUUUCCGGUCUAUCUUCACCCUUAGCGUGCCUUGCAUUUGUAAAUGCGAUAGUAUUUGGAGUCUAUGGAAACCUUAAUGAAUACCUGAAAACUUUGGAGUCAACAACGGAACCACGAAUGUCCAAAGUGGGUCGAGAGUUUAUCGCUGGAACAGUUUCUGGUGUUGCUCAGUGUCUCAUAACUUGUCCCAUGGAAUUGGUCAAAUGUCGCAUGCAAUUAACACCCUCGGUAACUGCGGCAGUUACCAUUUUAAACGAAACAAAUCAAAUCAAAUUUGUGAAUACCCAAAAUCCAACCGUCACCAACAACAAUGGUAACAUUAAAUUGAACAACAGUAAUAAUAUAAAAUCAACAUUUAACACUCUCAACAAUCAACAUAAUCCUGAUCAUCAUCAUCAACCAUUACAACAACAGCGUCAAUUUCAUCACUCUCAAAAACAAUUAUCUUCAAUGGUUAAGCAUAAUUUUCCCUCUCGAAGUGUCCACAGUUCAAUUAAAAGCACCAAUGGUCAACCAACAGUUCGCGAUGUCCUCAGGCAAAUAAAAUACGAUGAGAAAAGUUACAUUCGUGGACUUUAUCGAGGUAUGAUUCCAACUUUACUUCGAGAUGCUCCCGCUUUUGGUAUUUACUUUUCCUCAUUCCAAUAUCUUAUCGACCGGAACCCGGAAGAGACCAGUGAAACUAAACUUCUAAUGGCCGGUGGACUUGCUGGUGCACUUUCAUGGCUGUUCAUUUAUCCAAUCGAUGUAAUUAAAACUAAAAUACAAACCGAAGGUGCCAAAUAUGAUCAUUCACUAAUCAAAUGUACCAAAUCGAUGUACAAAGAUAGUUCAUUGGGAUGGAGAAUCUUUUUCAGGGGAUUCACACCCACCCUGGUAAGAGCAUUCCCAGUAAAUGCUGUCACCUUUUAUGUUGUCAACAAGACCUUUGUAUUAUACGAGAAUUACCUAUAAGUUAUCAUCAUCAUCGACAACAACACCAACAACAACCCACUCACCUCAUCUCCAACCAUUGAAUAGUGAUCACUAUUUUUUACUAUCAUGAUGAUUGUAUUUUUUUCCCUCCUCAGAUGAUAUCAAUUCUUAUAUAUAUUUGAGAGAGAGACACACAUAUACACAUUAUCUUCAUCAUCUUCAUCAUUUUCUCUUCUUGUCUUCCUUUUCCUGUUUUCCUUUUUUCAUUCACCUUCCCUGUCCAAAAGCUUAUGGAAAAAAAAAACUCCAACGAAAAAAAAUAUUCCAAUUGUAUAAUAUAAAACUUAUUCUUUGAAACAAUUUAAUCCCAAGGAAUUGAUCAUGUUUUCAGCUGAUUAAUUUGAUCCAAUUUCUGUGUAUGUGUGUCAGUUAAUUGUUAGCAUUUUUUUCAUCAUCGUAAAAAUAACAAUAAAAAUUAAGAGAAAUGAAAACAAAA